AUGUCGUGCACGCACAAGUUCAUUCCUUCCUGGCGGAUACACUCGGAAGAUAAAAAGUACGAGUUAAUAAGGACAAUAUGUAUAUGCUUACCUUUGGUCGCAGGGAGAGAAGAGGUUGUUUCGAUUUUCCCAAGCAAGAGUCACAAGCUCCACACAACCCAUUCCUGGGACUUUUUGAAUACCAUCGACUCUUUCCCGGCUCAGAACAGCGAUCCCAGUGGUUGUGAGGCUUCUGGCCAAGACAUUAUUGUUGGCGUCUUUGACUCUGGUAUCUGGCCGGAGUCCAAGAGCUUCAACGACACGAUCUCACAUGGAUGCCAAAAUGCCAGCAAGUUGAUUGGAGCACGCUUUUACACAAACGGAUACGAUGCCAGCGACCCUGAGCUGCAAAAAACCUUCAUCAAAUCUGCACGGGAUACGGACGGACACGGGACACAUACCGCGUCAACUGCAGCGGGAAGGAUUGUCAACGGCAUAAGCUUCCCGGGAGGCCUUGGAGCUGGAGCUGCUAGGGGAGGAAGUCCAAACUCGAGAGUUGCCGCGUACAAAGUUUGCUGGGACGACUGCAAGGACCCUGACAUUCUAGCGGGCUUUGAUGAUGCCAUAGCCGACGGCGUCGACAUUAUAUCUGCGUCCAUCGGCCCGGAUCCUCCUCAGGCCAACUAUUUCGAGGAUGCUAUAUCCAUCGGAGCGUUCCAUGCCCUGCAGAAAAACAUCCUCGUGUCAUGCUCUGCCGGAAACAGUGGAGACCCUUUCACGGCUACCAACCUUUCGCCAUGGAUACUGACGGUUGCAGCGAGCUCCAUAGACAGGAGGUUUGAAGCCGAUGUGGUCCUUGGAAACGGAAAAAUACUUCAGGUAAUACAAGUCAUCGAGGAAACUCAAUGGUACCUAGUUGCUUUGUUGCGCAGUUUUUGCCAUGCGGACUCCCUGGACGACGUGAAAACCAAGGGGAAAAUAGUCGUUUGCCAGCAUGAAAUCCCGAUCGAGUCGAGGGGAGCCAAGGCCGCCGAAGUGAGUCGAGCUGGUGGUGCUGGAAUGAUCGACAUCAAUCCUGAAGUUAAAGACCUGGCACAACCUUUCGUGGUCCCUGCAUCACUGACCGACGAGGCCCAAGCGUCCAUUCUCCGUGCAUAUCUAAAUUCCACCAGCUCUCCCAUGGCCAAGUUCCUCAAGACAAACGUCGUCCUCCACGACAAGCCGUCCCCAAAAGUGGCAUUCUUCUCUUCGCGAGGUCCCAACACUGUUACUCCGGACAUCAUCAAGCCUGAUAUAACAGCACCAGGCCUCACAAUCCUCGCAGCGUGGCCCCCUAUAGCAACCGCAGGAGCCGGCAACCGAAGUGUCGACUACAACUUCCUCUCGGGAACGUCCAUGGCAUGCCCGCAUAUCACUGGGGUGGCAGCUUUGCUCAAGGCCAGAUUCCCAUACUGGACAGCAGCUAUGAUCAAGUCGGCGAUGAUGACCACUGGUAAAGAACUUAACACUUUCACCAACACCCCUGCCACUCCUUUCGAUUUUGGAUCCGGGCAUGUCAACCCAGUCGCGGCCCAGGAUCCCGGACUCGUGUAUGACAUAAGCUUGGAGGAGUAUACCAGCUUUGCCUGUGGCCUCGGCCCAUCCCCAGGAGCACUGAAGAACCUCACGAUCACUGCCUGUCCACCCAAUCCCAUCGCUUCCUACAAUCUAAACUAUCCUUCCAUCGGAGUAGCCGACCUGCGAGGCAGCCUCUCGGUCACCAGAUCGCUAACCAACGUCGGGCCAGCGCAAUCCCACUACAGGGCCAAGGUCUACUCACCUCCUGGCGUGAUCGUGUCGGUGUACCCCUCGGAGCUCCAAUUCACGCGGCCGCUCCAGAAGAUCUCCUUCACCGUGAGCUUGAGCGUCCAGCAGCGAUCCCAGGAUUUCGUGUUUGGCGCCCUCGUCUGGAGCGACGGCAAGCAUUUUGUGAGAAGCCCGAUCGCCGUGAAUGCUACAGCGAUUGCGAGCUAGCUAGCUUGCUAGUAGAGAGAGGAGAGCGAUGUAACAAAAAGGGGAUAAUCCGACACGAAAGAACGGAAAACCAUCGCUGUCGCACAGGCAGCCGUGGAGAUUCGACCUAAUCGGAGAGAGAAAGAAGAAAAUGCGCUGCCGGAUCCGACAGCCAUGAAGA